ACACGUGACGUGUGCUUGACCAUGGGCAUCGCGGGCGGAGAAGCAGAUCAGACCUCUCUUCUGUCAAUCGCCCUCGUUCUCCGGUGGGGUCCGGCUCAGAGGAGGGCUGGGAGGUGCGUGCAAAGGGGGUGGGGGCUUGCGGAGCGGUGAGUCGGCUUUGCAGCUGGCAGCAGGGCUGGGGGUGGGUAAGCCCAUCCCCGAUUUCCCUUCUGCCGUCUGAAUCCUCCCACCAGCCGGAGGAAAAAACGAGGACAGCAUCUCUCCUCCUGCCCGUUUCUACACUUAGCCUUGCCAGGGGGAAAUCUCUGGCCUCCCAGUUACCAGGACGACCAACACAGUUGCCAAUUUUUUGUUCUGGCCCCUGUGACUUUGACCUUAACCAUAGUUUUGUUGGUUUGCGAUUCGUCGGCUUCUCCCCGCCCCCCUCUUCAUUUUUACCCCAUCGCUGUGAUAAAUCAUUAGACCAGGGGUAGGACUGGAAGUGGAGACAUUCAGAUCAUGUAUCCACAGCAGAGGAACAACGGCUGGGAGGAGUGCAGAAGGCCAUGGUGCACCUGUAGUAGCAGAAUUGGACACCUUCAUCUGACUCACCUGCAAUGAAAUAGGUCUCUGCUGUUUCGGUCUACAGCCACAGCAGGCGUUGUAACUCUCCAGCUUCAUCCUCAAAGUUGCUGUUUUGAAAGUCUACAGAAGCCCACUCCCCAAACACCAUCAUGGAUUCAACUCUGACUGCGCCACCAUGGCCCUCCUCCUUGAGGGAUGAGUCUGAUGCUUCUGUGCCAAAAUCAGUGAAGAAGUUUUAUCGGGGUGAGCCAUUGGCACUGGGGAUCACACAGAUCCUCCUCGGAAUCACGCACAUUGCAUUUGGAGCUGUGUUUAACCUAAUGGACGAUCACAGAGGAUCUUACAUUGCUAUAGAACAACCACUCUGGGCUGGAAUCUUGUACAUCAUUUCGGGAUCUCUGUCUGUGGCAGCUGCCAGGAACCCCAAAGUGCCAAUGGUGAAAGGCAUGCUUGGAAUGAACGUGGUGAGUUCUGUGGCAGCCAGCGUUGGAAUUAUGUCUCUCUGUUUCCAAUUGGAAUUUUACUCACCAGGAUGGGAAGCAGAAUACUUUUGCCAUUAUGAGUAUUCAGGCAAUACUACACUGUCAGAGUGCAUUAAAACUCACAUGCUCCCUUGGAACAUGUUGUAUGGAAUCCUGGCUGUCUUCCUGGUAUUCAACAUCCUUGAGUUUUGCAUCGCUAUCUCCACCGCUGCGUUCGGGUGCAAGACUGUUUGCCAGGACAACUACACCGAAACGGUUGUGGUGGUUUACCAGAAUGCGACCCCAGGCGAUGCUCUUGGUCUUCCAGCUGCUUGCAAGGAUCCCGAUUCCCCCUGAUUUGCUUCCUCUUCCACCCUCCUUGACUGCAAUCUCCUUCUGCAAUGUUAAGAGCAAAAAAAGGAUGAAUGUGUACUUAUGCGCCAAGCAGCUUUACUGGCUAGAACAAGAUUGUUUUCGUAACCAGAGGAAUACAAUGGAACUAUUUUGAUAAUGCGGCGUGGACAUUUCUUUUUUGAUAGAAGGGCAGCUUUGUAACUUUGAACUGACCUUUUAAAAGUAGAUCAGGGGACUAUAAGAAACCGGUCAAUGGGAGCCCUUAAAACAAAAGGGGUCAUUUUUAACAAAUACAGUAGUAAAGAUUUUCAAAACAAACUAUAGCGAAUGUUGCAUUGCCUAACUAUUCAUCACCUGAGGGGAAGAAGAAGAAAGAUUGCAAAUAAGAUGUGGGCUGAUUGGACGAAUAAAUACCAUUGAAAUUGCACUAGAUAUCUUGCAGCAAGAUAUGAAUGGGAAAAGGAAAUAUUAUACGAAUGUAUUAUGCUU